AGGCCAUCGCCAGUUUUUUGUUGUUUUACGUGCGCGUUGACAUUUUUGCAGCGCUUUUUAAUUUAUUAUUAUUAUUUAGGUCCAACUCCAUAAUGUUGGAUACGUGUUAGAGUUUAGAUCGAGUUCGAGUGACGCUAAAUUAUAUUAUUUUCCUACGGAACCCAUGACAAAAGCGCUGUUAGGCUGAUGUAUAAUUUAGCAAUCGAUGCGAACGUGUGCCAGUCAGUUUGCAAAAAUAGUAAAAUAGCCAAUUUGGCAUUAACCAGGAUUAAGUUAAGUUAUAGCGACUAAAACAAUGCACAUUCGACUGCAUUUAGUGCGCUUUAUGUACAUAAAUCUACUGCUGAGCUGCUGUUUCUGGUUGUACGACAAUGUGGCAGCUGCAGAUGCACAAACACAAAGUAACAAUGGUGGUUCAGCAGAGGCAACAACGGAUGCAUCUGUAAAAAAUCACAAAAAUCCGGAAGAACCGGCGGCGCCACCAAAACCGGAGCCUCCUCCUCCGCCACUCGACAAAGGAGUUCUUACAUCAGACUUGAAGGAUGGAGGUGAACCCUUCAUCGCCUCUGUUUCCUCCGGGGAGCCGAAAACUGGCAACAGGCCAAAACCCAAGGACACGUCAGUGCCCGUGGAAAAACACCCCGCGUUAACGGCAAAUAGCCCUAGUGAAUAUGUUAGUGAAUUCGAUUUAGCAACUAAUGAUGACGCCCCCUCAUCCACCGCCCAAGUGCCAAAUAAUCAAGUAAAUUAUAAUAAUGGAAAUAGUGCCGGUAAAGUGCAUAGUAUUAGUGAAUCGCAGCAAUUAGAGACACCAAAAAAACUGGAGGUGGAGCCGCAAUCGCCGGAGCUGCAGCAACAAAAACAAAAAAAACCGCCGGCGGAAGAAAGCUUUCCAGAGAUUAUUACGGAGCUGCCGACUGUCACAGUCACUGAGCUGCCUCUGGAUCGAGUGAAGCACCGCUUGGAGUCGAUAAUCCUGGAAGAUUCCCAGCUGGCAGCGGGAAACCACAGUGAUGAGGAGCCAGAUCAACAGCAGCCCACUCAUCAGGAUCCGCCUCAGAAAUUAUUUGAGGCUGACAAGGAAGUGCCUCAAAAGGAUGAGCAAAUGCCGAAGAUAAACGAUCCCGGAGGAGGCAUCGAAUCGGAUGGCUUAGCCACACAGGAAGCUACUUCGUCUGGCGAAGGCAACGAUACGAGUGAGGAGCUGCAGCCAGCGGGAGGAUCGCCGGGAUCCCCGGCAGCCAACGACACAGAGGCCACGGCCAAUCUGACGAAUGGCAACGAGGAGGUGCCCAUGCCCGUGUUCUCCGAGUGGGCGCAAAAGCAAAUGGAGGCGGAGGCCAGCCGGGAACAGGCCAUGGAGCUCGAGCAACAGGUGGUGAACAACUCGGCGCAGCGCAGGAACAACACUGGAUCGUCGAGUGGAAAGCCGCCGACAUUGAAGCUGCGCUCCAAGAACUACGCUUCGCCCGAUUGCGGAGCUAAGAUCAUCACCCACAACGCCGAAUCGAAUCAUCCGGAACAUGUGCUCACCCAGUCCAAGGAUGAGUACAUGCUGAGCACCUGCGAGAAUCGAAUCUGGUUCGUCGUGGAGCUGUGCGAGGCCAUUCAGGCGCAGAAGGUGGACAUGGCCAACUUUGAGCUGUUCAGUUCGUCGCCGAAAAACUUCACGGUUGCCGUUUCGAAGCGAUUUCCCACACGAGAGUGGAGCAAUGUGGGUCGCUUUGCGGCCGAGGACAAGCGAACCGUUCAGACCUUUGAACUGCAUCCCUAUCUGUUUGGGAAAUUCGUGCGCGUGGAGAUCAGCUCGCACUAUGCCAAGGAGCACUUCUGCCCACUCUCGCUGUUCCGAGUGUUUGGCACCUCCGAAUACGAGGCUUUCGAAACGGAAAUUCGACCCAGCGAUGAUCUGGAUGACUUCUACGAUGACUACGGAGCGCAGGAACAGAAGGCAACGGUGGGCAGUGGUGGCAACAUCUUCCAGAGCGCCUCGGAUGCGGUCAUGCAGAUGGUGAAAAAGGCAGCCGAAGUGCUGGUGAAGCCCACAAAGGCUCUGAAAUGGUCAGCGGAGUCGCUGCUCUGCCAAACGCCCGCCUUUGGAGCCUACAGCUGCAGCAAUUGCAACAGCACCUUGGUGGAGAAGAUCAACAGCCUGUUGUCCUGCCAGUUCCAGCAGCUUCAGCUGCUCCUCAGCCUCAGCCGUUUGAGGACAGAUCUCCUCCAGAGUCGCGUGUGCCAGGAGGAGUUCGGCAUAAGCUUAAUCGGUUCAGAGUUCUCGAGUAAAAUGGGCAAGCAGCAGAGCUAUUUUCUCAGCAUGCUGCCAGCGGAACACAUUGGAGCCAUGUGCAAGGUUAUCCAGGCGGAGCAGAAUGUCACCGAUCAACUGCAAUCGAAGCCGCCAGCCAUGAAGCACCAAGUGAGUCCACCGGAGCAGCUGCAGGAUAAUGCCACAGCUACGGGAGUUCGUCAAGAUUGUGAGGGAAGCAAGGAGAGUCCAACGAAGAGAAUCCCCGAGAAGGAACCGCCAACUCCAAGUCUCGAGGUUGUGGUGACCGAAUCCAGCAAAGAAGUGCCUUCAAUGGAAGACCAGUCGGCGGCCUCCAGUGAAACCGUUUCCACCACAAACUCCACGCCAGCCGAUGUGAACAUAUUCAAUGUGCCUGCCGAAGCCGAGGAAGUGGUGGUCAAAGUGCAGCUUCCUCCGGAACCCACAAUAGCGACAACUUUGGAGCCCAGCGAUGUGGAGUCGACCAUCAAUGCACCAACCACCAAUGCGCCACUAUCAUCCAGUGAAGCUGCAGCCAAUGACCUGGCCAUCGAGGAGGGUAAUCCGGCCAACUGGGAGAGUAUUGACAAUCUGCUGACCACCACAGUGGCCUCGAUUACCGCUGGCGGAGGAGCAGCUGCCGCUGCAGCCGCUGUGGUUAACGGCAACGGCAAUCUUGGAGUGGCAGGCGCCACUGGAGCAGGAGUUCCGGUCACCGGAUCCGGUGUGAAUCUACAGCAGAAGCUAACCAAUGGCGCCCAGUCGGAGAGUGUGUUCAUCAGGCUAUCGAAUCGCAUAAAGGCGCUCGAACGGAACAUGUCGCUGUCGGGACAAUACCUGGAGGAGCUAUCGCGGCGCUACAAGAAGCAGGUGGAGGAGCUGCAGCAGACGCUGACGCAACAGACGCUGACGGUGCGCCAGCUGGAGGACCAGAGCCGGCGGUAUGUGGAGCAGGAGCAGCUCUACCAGCAGCAGAGCGCGGAGCUGGCCGGCGAGGUGAGAGCGCUGUCCUACCAAGUGCAGGCCUGCAUCCUGGUCAUCAUCAUCGUGGGCACCGGCAUCUUCCUCAUGCUCGUCCUGGGCACCGUCUACUAUCGCAAGCUGCGCCGCCAGCAGCAGCAGUUGCUGCAGAAGAAGGAUCAGCCAGGUGGCAAUCCACCUGUGGCCAGCAAACCUAAGCUCGAUCGCCGCAAGUCCUACGAACAGAUGUCGUCGAAUCAAACGACGCCAAAGCAACGGCGUCCCAGCGAGGAGGCCAUGCUGAUUCUGAAGGAGUGCGGUGACAGCAACUUGCAGGAGCAGGAUCCUCCGAACAGGCAGCGCAAGAUAUCCGUUUGCUAUGGCAGCAACAAUAACAUAGCAGCCAAUAUGCUAAGUGCCACUACGAAUGGCGGUGGAAAUGGUGUCCGGAAUUCCCUGCACCGGCGCAAGGGAGCCAAGCACUCCUGGCACAACAGCCUGGACACCACUGAGACGACCUGUGGCGAGCAAACGGAUAAGUUCUUUGAUGUGGACACCCUCAAAAGCAUUAAGCAGAGUUCCAACAAAGCAGGCAAAAAGAAAUCCCAUCAGCAGCUGCAGCAAAUGGCGCUUAAGCGCCAGGAAUCCGCGCCAGCCAGCAUCACGCAGGAUCAGCUAGCCGAAGAGCCAGCCACGCAAAGCGAUUUCGACGAGAGCCUGAUGCUGGACGACGACGAUCUGGCCAACUUUAUACCCACCAGCGAUCUGGCCUACAACGAAUUCAUGCCCGAAGGACCUUCGGGCUACCAAAUACUGGACACAGUGGAUGGGAAGACGGGCAAAGAGCAGGGGACAAAGAAGUCGCGAAGGCUGUCCUCGCCAGCAUUCUUCAAGUCGCCAUUUAGCAAGAGCAAAAACAAGGGCUACAGCUUCAACGGCAUCAAGAACAGCCACUCGGUGCACGAGCCCACAUCCUGGGAGUGGUACCGGCUGAAGCGCGGCGAGAAGCAGCAACAGCAGGCGAAGCUCGCCUCCAAGAGCUUGCCCAGCGCAAGUUUGGACAGCUCAUCGCUGUCGGAGGUCAAUUUUCCCCUCAACACGAACACCGCCACGCAGAAUUCCUUUCGGAUACUGGGCGAGGCCAUUCUGUCCUCCGGGGAGGGACGCAUCACCCCGAAUGGGAAUGGCAAUGCAACGUCGGUUGGUCUGGCGAGCAGCAGCAGCGGAAGUGGCAGUGGUGGCAGCACCACCUCAUCGACCACCAAGAAGAAACAGCGCGCUCUCAACAACCUCUUUCGCAAAGCCUUUGAUUUUUAGUUAAGAAAACCCAGUGUUUCUAUUUAGGUAACGUUUUUAUAUCUGCGCAAAGAAUAAUUAUUCUUAUUGAUUCAAAUGGACCCCAGUUGGUUCGUUCGGAGGUUCGAUAAAUUGUUUGUACAAACGA